AUGGAUAUACCACUUAAAUCACAACCAAAGGUAUCAAUGGUGAGCCUUUUGGACGAGUCCAAAUUCACUUUAGGGCCGUACGAUGGUAAUGAAAUAGAAUACGAUGAAAAUGAAGUAGAAUACGAAAACGAAAGCAACGAAACGGGAACACAGAGGCAGCAACGAGACAGGGAGAAUUCGUCAGAGAACAUGGGAUCGAUUAAGGAGAUGAUUGCAGAGAAGAAGGAUAAUAAUUACAGUUUGAGUAGACGUCAGAUCAAGACAGAUAGUAAUAGAGAUACAAUAACAAGUCCAUUAGAGGAGAGCAGACGAAAAUUGAGAACCAGGACUCAUUCUCCGGAUUCGGACCAUAGUCCCAUGAGUCCCAAUAAUGAAUAUGGAUACGGCGAGUAUUUAUCGGGUUUAGAGGAUGAAUAUAUUCCUGGAUUGAAUUUUGGGGACAUGGUUUACAAAUGGAACAGACCGUCUGAUCAAAAUCUAUCACGCUUGUACGAUGAGACAAUAUCCACCAGCACAUCUACCAGCACUUCCAAUACUCCACUGAGUAGAGAUGCGUCAUAUUUAGAUUUGAAUAAGUUGCAUGCUAAGGUCUCUCCACAACCCAUUGCAUUGAGGGGCCAGUUGAACAGUAGUAAUAAGUACUCGUAUUCGAAAUUGAGUGAUUUUAUGAAGGCUAGCAGGGUUCCUAAAAACAUAAGUACCACAGCACCAGUGACAGCGAAUAAAGAUGUUAAUAAUUCAACGUCCACAUUAACUUCGACUGUUGACUCUGAUCAUAAAAAGAGAAGGUUGAAAUCGUCUCAAAUAGUUGAUCCAAAUACAGGUGAUAUUAAUUACGAAUUGAUUCUUAGCAGCUUGCCACCCAAUUUCAACGAUCUUCCUUAUUCACAGAGAAAGAAAGUAGUAAAGUCAUUUUCAGAAUCAAUAGACUAUUCGCAAUUUUCACUCUUCGCUAAGCAAUACUUGACAGAUAAAAUGCCACCCAGCUCUGGAAAAACACCAGGAAGUGGCUCGAAUAAUGGAAGUUUUAGGAGAUCUCGUCAUAAUAGUACUAAUACUGUAGCAGGUCGUUUGUUAGCUUUGUCAUCUUCAUCUUCUUCUGAUUUGAAGAAGAUGGAAGAGACGCAACAGAAGAAAAAUAAUGUGGAUGAAAAAGGUGCCAUGGUAAUGGGUUAUGAAUUAGGAAAAAUCAUAGGAUUUGGUGCCUGGGGAACAAUAAGGGAAUGUUGUGGUGAAGGUGGAAUAAUUAAAGCUGUAAAAAUUGUUAAAUCUAGCAGAAACAUAGACAGUGCAUCUGCACCUUCACUUUCACUGGGUAGUAAAAUUUCUCCAACUCAUUCACGGCCCCCUCAGCAUAACCCUAAGGUUUUAGAAGUGUUCAGGAAAGAAAUUAAUAUAUGGAAGCAACUAAAGCAUGAGAAUAUCUUGCCUUUGAUUGACCAUUUGGAAACAGAUACAGCAAUAUUUUGUAUAACAAAUAGAAUCUUUGGUGGAACAUUAUUCGAGCUUGUAUCAUCGUGGGGUAUUUAUAACUUCGGAAUGCAAAAUAUGUCUGGACCUGUGUCAUUCCUGAUAGAAAACCAAAGAAUUCGUUUGUCACAGACAAAAAUGUUUAUAAAGCAAAUAAUUUCUGCUUUGACUUAUUUACACGAAGAAAUGGGAGUGGUUCAUGGUGAUUUAAAGUUAGAAAAUGCACUAGUGGAUGACCGCAAUAAAGAUGACCUAAAAGUGAUAUUAUGUGAUUUUGGAAUGUCUAAAGUUUAUACAUCAAGAGUCAGUAAGAAAUCGUCUUUCUUAUCUCCUACGCAAACCUCUGCUUCUUCAACUAUCAGGAGUAAGUCAUCAACAACCGACUUAAGAAAACCUUAUCAUGGAGGUGAUACUAAGAACACAAGAAAUUUGUUUACCGACGACUCAAAAAUAGGUAUGGAUAACUUGUUUAAGCAUCUCGGACCAUCUUUACAAUCCGUAGAUUUAACUCCAGAACAUUCACAUCACUCGUUAUAUCAAUUUCACGAAAAUAAUAAUAAACCCGAAGGUAAAAUAGAUUCAGGACUUCCACAUUCGCAUAUCGGAUCGCUUCCAUACGCAUCUCCAGAGUUACUCUUACCAUCUCCACCACCAUUAGGGCCAUCAGCCGACAUAUGGGCAUUGGGUGUGUUAAUGUAUACAAUGUGCACUGGGAAGUUGCCAUUUCAACAUCCAUAUGAACCAACCUUGAGGUCGAUCAUUACUUCCGGGGAUUACAGUAAGACUGACUUGAAAAAGGCAUGUCUUUUGCAAUGGGUCCUUGCCGAUGACCUGGAAAAUGAAAGCGAAAGUAACAGUAACGCCGACAGUGGAGCAGAAGUGGAGAAAUCGGAACGUCUGACGAAAUCGGAUAAACGCUCUAACUCCAUGUUUUCUUCGUCACUAGUCGAUAAUAAACGGGAACGAGAAAUAGAGGAAUUGCAUGAUCAAUGGUUACAAUACAAUAAAUCCGAAUUCAGCUGGCUAUUUGAAAUAAUCAAAGGAAGCUUACAAGCAAAUAUAACAAAACGCUGGGAUUUGAAUAAGAUUUACGACUCCGUGCAUGUUUGUUAG